AAGAGCAGAAGUCCGUGACGUCCAGUUUCUGACGUUCAGUGUCAGUUUGAUGCACGUUUUUCUACGUUUCUUUAAUAAUACGGAUAGUUAAAACAUUACCUGACUACCAUGCAGGCAGCCGCGCACAGAGUUUUUUGUCACUGGUCUCAGAGUAAAAGCACAGCGGUGACGCUUCAGUGUUUAAAAUGCAGAGCAGUAACUCUGCAGCAGAGCUCUCGCGCUUACAGUGUGAUUCCGCCACCGCGCGACAGUGAGGAGAAGGAGAUGAUGGACCGGAUGCUGCGUGUGGACCAUGCUGGGGAAUAUGGAGCUAACCGCAUCUACGCCGGCCAGAUGGCAGUGUUGGGUCGAUCCAGGACUGGGCCCCUUAUUCAGGAAAUGUGGGAUCAAGAAAAGAAACACCUUGAGAAAUUCAAUGAAAUUCUUGCUGAGAACAGAGUUCGGCCCACGGCGCUGUUACCACUCUGGAACAUUGCUGGGUUUGUAUUAGGGGCAUCUUCUGCAUUGCUGGGAAAAGAAGGAACCAUGGCCUGCACUGUGGCGGUGGAAGAGAGUAUCACUGAACACUAUAACAACCAGAUAAGAACUCUGAUGGAGAAGGACCCGGAAAGAUACACUGAACUGUUACAGGUAAUAAAGGAGUUUAGAGAUGAUGAGAUGGAACAUCACGAUACGGGAUUGGAGCAUGAUGCUGAAACUGUUCCUGGAUACUGGCUUCUAAAAAACGCAAUUCAGCUAGGUUGCAAAGUUGCAAUAUAUGUUUCCCAACGUAUCUAACUCUUAAAGCAGUUACAUUGUUUUGAUAUUCUGACUCAGUUUUGUAAAUGACGUAAUUUAGACUUGUGUUCACAUUCUGCAUCUUUGUAAAUGAAGCGCUUUGUGAUUGAACACAAUGUACUUUUUCCAGAUCAUAUCUGUUAAAAUACAGUGUUACCUAAACUGGUAUAAUUUUGGUUGCUUUUUACAGUACAUACAUGGACUCAAAGUACUCUGGUUGAGGCGAGCAUUGCUUGAACAAAUUUCAGGCCUCUGUGCUGUUUUCUGAAUGCAGAUGUUUAAUUUUUUGUGUUGCUGUUGUACUGUAGAAAGGUUGCCAGUCUGUAAAGAUGCUGUUGAAAUAAUUAUUGUGAAAUAAAGAUAAUCAGUGGCUUU